AUGUCGCUCUGGCAGAAGUACCGCGCCCUCGCGCCGCGAACGCGCAUGCUCAUUGGAGCCGGAGUCGUGGCAUAUGCGGGCCUGGGCAUUUUUCUGUCUGAUGUCGCCGAGCAGAAGUUUGACAUGGUGCCCACGGAAAAGGACAAAGAAGAGCUGAGGAGUGUGAUACCCAAGAUCAGGCUGGUGGACCGAGAUGAUGUGCUGUCGCGGGAUGGUUCAUGA